ACUGAAGUAGGUUAGACGUACAGUGGAGGCUCGAUACCGGAUAUACCAUAAGUCACACAGACACAGCUCAGGUCUCCUUGUUUCAGUGUACCCUGAUCGACACUGUCGUGCACACACUAUUGUCUGAAGACGGUGUGUUGAUCACAAAGUGUAGACUGAUUCAAGCACAGCAAAAGAGACUUCUAAGCAAGGACAAUGUUUGAGUGUUUAACUCAGUGGUGGCCCCAGUCUGUGGUAACCCAGGCUCUUGUUGUUGGGAUAGUGGUUGGAGUGAUCGCCUAUAAUCUCUUCAAGAAACGAUACAACCUACCGCCAGGACCAAAGGGAUGGCCGUUAGUUGGAAACCUUUUGGAGGUGCGAGGGACUCUCCUGUUCCGAAAACUCCGCGACUGGAGCAAAACAUACGGUCCAGUUAUGACGAUUCAGCUGGGUACUCUCAAAGCAGUUAUUCUGAGUCGAAUAGAUGUUGUAACGGAAGCUCUCAUUACAAGACAAGCAGACUUCGCAGGAAGGCCGAAUACAUAUCUUGUAUCUCAAUUAACCAAGGGAGGAAAAGACAUAGUCAACGCAUCGUACGGCCCAACUUGGAAGUUGCACCGGAAAAUUGCAUCCAAAGCGCUCAGGCACUAUCUCAUGGGAGAUAACCUCAGCUUGAAAGUGUCCCAAUCACUCCACAUCACUACAGCGUUGAUGAGAAAGGAACAAGGAGCCUUUGAUCCUUUCCCCUACCUGUCACUCUCGAUCUCCAACAUGAUGACAGGAAUGUUGUUCAAUAAAAUCAGUGAAAAUGUAGACUCUGAAUACUAUAAAGCGUACGUCGUCACCCUGGACGAUUUAAUGAAAGAAGCUGGAGAAGGAUUUCUGGAAGAUUCAAUUCCCCCGCUUCGUCUGUGCCCAACGCCUAGAUUCAGACGUGUUACUCGAGCCUCCGAUAAAAUAUUAGAUUCCAUCAAGAAAGAAAUUGCAGCCCACAGAAAAACGUUCAACAAAGAUGAGAUACAGGACUUCACAGAUGCGUUGAUACAGGCUCAGCAAGAAGCGGAGGAAGUGGACGAUCCUGUCCUAAUGUCACAGAUUACAAACAUACAUAUGGCCAUGACAAUCUUUGACUUAGUACUCGCUGGCACAGAAACCUCGAGGAACACGCUUCAUUGGUGUCUCCUGACGAUGGCUCUCCACCCUGACAUCCAGAAGAAGGUGCACCAGGAGGUGGACUCCGUUAUUGGUCCUGAUCUGAACGUGCACGUUUCGGACAGGGAGAACUUGCCAUACACCGAUGCAGUGAUACAUGAGGUCAUGAGGUUGAGGCCAGUCGUUCCCAUUGGCGUUGCUCACUCCACGCUGUGCGAUACCACAGUUGGUGGAUACGAUGUUCCCAAGGGAACAAUGGUGAUUAUCAACCACGACGCCUUGCACUUUGACCCUGACCAAUGGGAGGACGUCAAUACGUUCAAACCUGAACGAUUCCUUGACUCAGAUGGAAAGAUGGGUCCCAAGCCAGAUAGCUGGCUUCCGUUCUCUGCCGGAAGGAGAGUUUGUCUCGGGGAGACAGUUGCAAAACCCGAGCUUCACCUCUUUCUUGCUGGAAUACUGAGGGUUUUCACCAUAUCACUUGCCCCGGGGACACAGCACGACUUUGAGCCACAGAGUAAGGGGGCUCGGAAUACUCCUGGGAGAUACAAAAUUGUCAUGAAAUCGCGAAUUUAAGUUAGUGUUUUGUGUUCCAUUUCGUGCAGAGUUUCAGUUUCAUAGUUGGACAAACGACAGCAAUAUAAUCACCAAGUGACCAAUGCUGAGUUAUUUACAGCUACACUGAGACAUUGAGGGUAUAAUACUGACACGUUUAGCUUCACUUAGUCAGUUAGGGCAGCUGCUGACCCAAGGAUAAAUUUUGAAGCCAAUCUGUGAUUUCAUAUUCUUCAAGGUGGAAUUAUAGCCAACUUGUUAAGGCUGGACCAGUCGAUGAUGGGGUUUGAGGUAUACAUACUAUAUCGACAAUUAUAUACUUGAAACCGCUCCUCAGCUAGUGCACACAAAAUGGCGUUCAUGCUGCUUCUUUUUGUUCAGUCUAUGUGUGUCAUAUAGUUUUAAUGUGAUCGUUUCUUAAAAUCUGAUCUUUAAUAAAUACAAUCAUCCAAAGUGACAAACUGAACACCUUUUGCACCGACCAUUUGAUAUUCUGUGUGCGCGAUUACUUCUUUCAAAUAAGAAAAAUGUCUUGUUUCCAAAUAUACAAGAUCGGCCAUUUCAGCAAAAGCUUCGCAGGUGUGUUCAAAUAGGUCUUGUAUGUUCUGCUCGUUUUUUAGAAUAAUGUGCAUUUAGAAGCAGUUUCCAUCCACUGACUUUGAAAUUAAGGAGACAAGUGAGACUGUGUUUCAUAUCUACUUCUGUGCAUAAAGAUUAAAAAACUCUCAAGGUGAUGUGAUAAGAGGGAUGACUUCACAGCUAUUUUGCCCUUUACACCAAACGGAAUAUGUUUCUGAGGAUAACUGAGACUGUAUAUGCUUUAGCACACGCGUUAUAUUUAACAGGCUUCUCAAAUAUAUUGUAGCAGCACAAUGCACCAAGUCAAUCAAUUGUAAAAAUAAUUCUUUAUGCUUUAUAGAUGCUUCUUAACCAUAUUUUGUAUAUCACUUGAUUGAUGACGAAACAUCACUUUUGAUUGCAAUAAAGGAGUUGUUCAUCCACA